AUGGACUCGAUGAGAUCCCUAAACACGUCACUGCCCAGCUCGACGCCUCGGCCACAACCUCCUGAGCAGCUCCUACAGUCGUUCAAGGCUGCUGCUCUCUCCGUCACGAACCUCUACAAGAAUGCUGUCUACGAACAGUCGCAAGCCAAGCAAGCUGGAUACCAAGAAGCAAUUGAGGAUCUACUACACUUCCUAGACCGGGAGAACCUCGGUCUUGGCGACGGGGAGGGCUGGAAAGUUCGGCAAUGGGCCACGGAACGGAGUGAUGGAAGUGGUGCCCCUAGCGACGAUGAUGAGGUUGAGAAACAAACCAGAGGCGCAACGCCGGCUGCCGCCCGCAAGGCACAGCCAGAAUCCGAACCGAUCCGACAGCCUUCCAAGUUAUCGUCGGAGGAGCAAGCUCCAGCUCCGCCACAGCAACAGCUGCCAACACCUUCGACCCCUCAUGCCUCUGAAUCAAACGACUUCGAUCGUCCAACUAUCUUUACGUUUACUGCCGGGCCCACCUUUCCGCAAUUCCCAGAACAAGAUAUGGACAUGCAAACCACCGACAGUUCGACUCCAGCGUCUCAAGAUGGUGCCCCGGUCAGCGUCUCCGUCUUGCCUCGAAACGCCCGGCAACAGAAUCGUCAUAAUAACUUCACCCGCUCAAACACUCGGUCGUCCCCUCAUGAACCGUCCGUCGGGAUCGGUUCGAAACGAAAGCUGAACGUGCCCGAUUUCUUCGACUUGUCUGGUCUAGGCAAUCGAGACAUAUUUGGGGGCGGCAAACGUGGCCGCUUCACCUAG